AUGUCGGAGCUAUACUUUUUACGACACGGGAAGAGAAUAGACCAUGCGCAGGAUGACGAUCCCUCUGCACAGCCCAUAGAAGCGAAUUACCAACCAUACGAUCCUUCGCUUGCGCAGGUGGCUAUAGAGCAGAUCCAUGAGGUAGCCGAGGAGAUCACAAGGAGCACACGGGCCUUUGACGGAGAACCCACUGCCAGAAAGAAUAUCUUUAUACAUUUUUCUCCGUAUUUAAGAUGUUGUCAAACUGCCGAUAUUCUCAUGACCAAUUUAAAGGAGAAUCUAACUAAAAUGUAUCCGAAAUUCAAGAUAAGAUUUCAAUUACUUGGGGAUUUUGCGCUUUCAGAAUGGGUACAUGAGAAAAUGAAGGAUAAACCACCAUUUUCUGACUCAAAUGAUGCCUAUCAAAUGUAUACACCCAACGUUAAACUAAUGAAGAAUAGAUCUGCCUGUUCGAACUUCCGCCCGACCAAUACUUUGGGUCCGUAUAAUGGGCCUGAUUUGAGUUAUAAGGAGUACAAGGCUAGAUGUAAAGAUUAUUUCCAAAAAUUGAUUGCAACGUACGAUAAACCAGCCAAUAUCCGGAAUAAGGAUAUCGUGAUUGUAGUAUCACAUGGAUAUGUCAUCAAUAACUUUAUGUCAUACUUUUUAAACCAUCCAAUUUUCGAGGAAAUCCCUGAAUGCAAACUAAACUAUGCGUUGAAGAUAGAGACUGAGGAGUCACAAGAGAAGAAAAAGGAUGAUGGAAAAGAUGACGACGAUGAGAAGGAACCAGAAUACACCUGGAGAUUGAUGAAAGAUGCACUUGGAAUGAUAACAAAAGAUGGGAUAGUUGCAGAUUUAAACUUGGAAACAGAUAUUGUAUACUACAAGACGAAUUUCAUCAAGAAGGAUGAUCUUGAAAAUGCUGACACGACAAAUGCUUGGACCCCGACUGGUUUUGAUAACCCUCAAGCACAUUUUGAUAUUGAUUCAGGGUCUACCAUGCAGUCAAAGUCGGCACCAAGCUUACCAGUAGCUAAACCAGUUCGAAAUGUUCCAGUUUGUGCCGCUGCCAAGGAUUGGCUGCCCGAAUCUCAUCAAUUUAAGAUGGCGACUCAAUUCCUGCUUAAGACAAUGAACCCUGAAGCUUUCAAGCAAGAAUAUUGUAUUACCAACCAUCCCUUGAAACCAAUAUCCCCAGAAGUAUCACCAAAUUCUGAACCUACUAGAAAUAACUCUGUCAUUGAUUUAAGUAAAUUGAUGGAGAAUGAUGAAAUAUAUAAACCUGUGAAGUUGAGAUAUAGCAGUGCUUCUGAUAUCCCAAUUCAUAAGUUAAAUUCGAAGGUGAAUUCACAAGUCAAUCUUGCGCAAGCUCAAAGAUCAAACGGGUCUUCAACAAACAGUUCUAUAGUAGAUUUCUCAAAAUUUGUCAACCAGCUUCAACUGCAACAGCAACAGCAAUCAGGGCAAUCGGGAAACCGGAAAAGAUCAACCUCAAACCCCAUUGUUUCUGUUGUACAUGACGCUCCCGACUCAUAUUUCCCACUGGGAGUUCGAGUGAAAAAUACUUCAGAUCUGCUUGAUUCAAGUCCAAAUCAUUCUGGUAGUGACCUCAACAUGAUAAAGGAGCAACCUGGACAUACGCCUCAAAACGAAGAAAGACCAGAAUUGGUAUUGAAUCUUAAUAGGGCCUCUUCUUUGAAUUAUAAAAAGCAUGCGAGCCAGCAUGGAAGUCUUUCAUUAUUGGCCAAGUACCAACGAGAACAUGGGGAAAAACUGCCAUACUCGGAACAUUCAGAUAGUGAGCAAGAAAGGGACCAAGAAAAAUCUAUUGGUAAUCGGAUGUUUUCAUUAUCAUUUAAAAAUAGUGCUUUGGCUAAAGGUUCAGGGAAUCCAGCAUGGAAUGAGGCGGCAAUACAAUCUAAACAAUCGCAAUCUUCUCCAUCUACACCUACUCUUGUGACCACAACAAAGCAACCUACAUCUACCCCUAAGGGUAUUGCCAUGAAGCCCUCCAAUUCCAGAGGAAUGUUCUACAACCUUGAUAGUGAUAAUGAUAGUAAUUCGGAUUCAUUUUCUGAUAGUGAAGAUGAGUCCAAACCCCCUACACAAACAAAUCCUGUCUCGAGAGAUUACCUUUGGUUUGGACAGAAUCGAGAAUAA